AUGGAAGAAUUAAACGGUUUUGUACCACCAAAAGCAAAUACUCCUUUACCUGAUGGAAUGCAAGUACUUCCAGGGAACCAAAAGGAUGAUGUACCCCCACCUGUCAAAUAUACAGUAAAACCAGUAAUAAAUAAUGAUAAUUUCCAAAUGAAUUUAGGGGGGGAGGUGCCAUCAUCUUGGACAAUGAACCAAAUUGCCCACUACGUUGAACAUGCCGGACCUGCUGAUUCUGUCUUUACUGAAAAAGCUAAAGAUCUGCUACGUGAAAAAGGAUACGAUAUACAAUAA